AUGCGCGUCUCCUCCACCAUCCUCGCCACUGCAGGCCUCUUGACCUCGGUCAACGCUGCCAUCAAGGGCUUCAACUACGGCGCCAACUUCAACAACAACCAGGCCAAGGUUCGCGCCGACUUUGAAUAUGAAUUCAACGCCGCCAAGCAGCUUCCUGGCACCAAUGGAUGGACCAGCGCCCGUCUGUACACCAUGAUCCAGCACGGCACCCAGACGGACGUCAUUGAAGCCAUCCAGGCUGCUAUCAACACCAAGACCGGUCUCCUCCUCGGCAUGUGGGCCUCCGCCGGUCAGGCCAACUUCAACAACGAGAUCACUGCUCUCAAGACUGCCAUUGCUCGCUACGGCACUGCCUUCACUGACCUCGUUGAGGGUAUCUCCGUCGGUAGCGAGGAUCUCUACCGUGUCACCCCCACUGGUAUUGAGAACAAGUCCGGCGCCGGUGCUCAGCCUCAGGAGCUCGUCAAAUACAUCAAGCAAACCCGUGAUGCUAUCCGCGGCACUGCUCUUCAGGGCAAGCCCAUCGGUCACGUCGACACUUGGACCGUCUACGUCAACGCUACCAACAACCCCGUCAUCGAGGCUGUUGACUUCAUUGGCAUGGACGCGUACCCCUACUUCCAGAGCACCAUGAACAACAACGUCGGAUUCGGCAGCCAGCUCUUCUUCGACGCCUACCACCAGACCGUUGCCGCUGCUAAGGGCAAGCCUGUUUGGGUUACCGAGACCGGGUGGCCCGUUAGCGGCGAGACACUCAACCAGGGCAAGCCCAGUGCGGAUAAUGCCCGCAUCUACUGGGAGGACGUUACCUGCCAGCUCGUCAAGGACAACGUCAACUUGUGGUACUACAUCCUCCAGGAUGUCCAGUACGGCAACCCCGUCCCCUCGUUCGGCAUCAAGCCUGCGGGUGACCUGAUGCAGGUGAAGCCUUUGUUCGACCUUUCUUGCCCUGCGGGUUCCACACCCAGCAACCCGUCCAAGAAGGUGAUUGGCAAUGGAUACGCUGUCCAGCUAUCACCUACCAUAUCAACUGUCUUCGUUUAUGAUAUCCGCCCUGAGUUCGCCGGCAAGACUUGCACUUUGGGCCUACACAUGCCCCCGUCAUUCCCCGUACCCGAAACCGCACCUGUACAAAUUCGCAUUCCGGGUGGUAUCAGCGUAUCUCGCACCGCAAACCAAGUUCCCGAUACUGUUUCCAUGCGGAGUGUCGGCAACUCAAGUCUCGUCGGUGUUGUACAACUCAUUCAGCCUGCUCGUCAAUACAACAUCACUAGCUUUCCCUGCGAAGCUGGUCAGCGGGUUAGGUACCAAGUGGACUCUACUGGUGGGCUAAACAUGAAUUGGUUUCAGAUGAAGUACCCUGCUCUUGGGCUGUUUAUGCUGGUCAGCUAGAUCGAAGGGUGGUCGUGAGGCAUGGCGAGGGUGUGGAGAACUGGGAUGUUAGCUGUAUUAUUACGAACAGAAAAGUCCUAGAUCCUUUUAAUGUAAUGUUUGUACCGAGGAUACAUAUCUUGCUUGUAGGGGGUCGUGUGAUGUGCUAUUGUGCGGUUUCAGUCUUAGCCAAUGCGUUACGAGUGAAAAUGCAAAAAAGCACAGCACAUAGGGCUAUGGGCAUGGGCGGAAACAGGUGUAUCGCUGUUGUAGCACGAUCAAGUGUCUAGUCUCUGCAGUCACGUGGCUGAACAAGAGUGGAUGAUGAGAUGACAAGAUAUUGCUGACUGUGAGAUGUGAUAUGGGAACUAAGAAUUGAGACACGAGCGGAAGUAAGUACACGCUACUACACAAUCCACAUGAGCUUCUCAC